AUUAAUUGAAUUAAAGAGAUGGAACUUGUUUCAAGCUUGUGCAACAAUGGAGUCAUACCUGCAAGUUAUGUGCACCCACCAGAGGCAAGACCCGGGAACCUAAUUGUUCCUCUAGGGAAAUCCAUUCCUGCCAUUGAUCUAGCCGGCGACCGUGAUCAAAUCCAAAUCAUUCAGGCAAUCCUGAAAGCUAGUGAAGAAUAUGGAUUUUUCCAGGUUAUAAACCAUGGAGUUUCCGAAACAUUGAUGGAUGACACCAUGGAUGUUAUACAAGAGUUCCAUGCAAUGUCUGCCAUGGAUAAGGAAAUGGAAUGUUCUAAGGAUCCCGAUGGAAGCUGCAAGCUCUACACUAGCAGCCUAGGCUACCUGGCAGAGAAUUUUCAUUACUGGAGGGAUGCAGUGGCACACCCUUGUCAUCCUUUAGAAGAAUGCUUGAAGUUUUGGCCUCAAAAGCCAAUUAGAUACCGGGAGGUUAUUGGGGCUUAUUCAAUUGAAUUAAGAAAGUUGAGUUCAAGGAUUUUGGAGAUGAUUUGUGAAGGAUUAGGGCUUGAAACUGGGUAUUUUAGCAGUGCUCUUAGUGAAAAUCCAAAAAUCUUAGUUAAUCAUUAUCCACCAUGCCCUGACCCCAGCCUCACCCUAGGAUUAUCCAAGCACCAGGACCCUUCAAUCAUCACCCUGGUUCUCCAAGGCCACAUACAAGGGCUUCAGGUUCUAAAGGAUGACCAGUGGAUUGGUGUUCAGCCUCUUCCUCAUGCAUUUGUUGUUAACAUAGGCUACUUGUUACAGAUCAUCAGCAACGGCAAGCUUAAAGGCGCGGAGCAUCGAGUGGUGACAAAUACAGAAGAUGCAAGGACAACUAUUUCAUACUUUGUUUAUCCUUCCAGUGAAUGCCUGAUAAUUCCAGCCAAAAUUCUAGCCAAUCAACAGAAUCCUCCACUCUACAAGGGCUGCAAAUUCUCAGACUUCUUGACUGUCUACCUAUCUAAGGCAGCCGAUAAAGAAGCUGUAGAGGAAUAUUUGAAGUUUUGAGCCCUUACACUUAAUCCAACCAGAGUUCAUAUGCAAUAUUUAUGAAAAGUACUUCCAUUUGUUUUGAUCUGCCACUAUAUAUUUUCUAAAGCUUCUUGUAUGAUUUUAGUUCCACAAUGUAAUAAGACUUGCUAACUAGGGAUGGUAUUGAGAGUUGAGAGGGUUUUUUUAAGUGUAUGUGACAAUAACAAGUGUUAUAGGUG